UUAUUUUCUAAAUUAUCCACUAACUUAUUAAAGCCGCGGAAUUUAAUAUCACAGAUUAUAUGAUUAUUUUGUUAAGUUCAUAAUUUUCUUGGUUCAUAAUUCAUAUUUAAUAACAAUACACCUUGCACAGUUGUUGCAAGGGACUACGGGACCCACAGACUUCUAUACUACAUACUACACACACCACAGACUACAUAUAUGUAUAGAAAUCUAUGACGGGACCCAACUGUCCCCAUCACAAUCAAAAUAAUUAAGAUAAGUGAAUAACUAGUAAAUAGAACUAUUGAACGUAUUUUCUUCAUAGAUAAUAUUAUCUAUGAUUUUCUUAAGUUUUAAUAUUAUUCCAUUACUUAACAAAAAAAAAUUAAUGUUUCUUAUUUUUAUGUAGAUUGUGAUUUUUCAUAAAAAUAACAAUAAAAUAACUAUACACUUGAACAUACAGUGGUAAAUUAUUUGAUUUUUGUUUAGAACUAGGAUCGUAAAACAUAAUAAGUUACUUUAUAGUUUAUAAUAAAAUAAAAUGUCUGAUAAUCAAAAUCCUAUUCCAUCACCAACUGUAUGUAAACUAUCGCGUACUUCUGACAAAAUGUAUACACCUUGUCGUAGAGUAGGACUCAAAAGAAAGUCCACUGGUACAUUAACUCCCAAAACUAUACCAAAGAAAAUAAAAGUUAUUGAUCUGAAUUUGUCCACUGAAUUUGGUGAAAAUGUAGAAACACAAAAUAAUAUACCAAAAAACAAAUCAAUUUCAAAAUUGGAAUAUGAAGAUGAGACGCCAUUAAAUGUAUUAGACAAACACCGCGUUAUAGAAGAACUCAAGUCUGAACUCAAAAAUAGUGAACAGCAUAAUUUAGAUCAAAUAAAAAAGCUAUCAAAAAAAUGGUUAAAUGUUUGUCAAGAGGCUUUGACAUCACUAUUCAAUAAAUUAAAUGAAAAUGAAAAUUCCAAUUUACAUACUUUAGAAGAUUUGAUUAGAAGUUUAGGCAUUUGUCCUGAUUUAAUUCAAUUUGAUUCAAAUAAUCAAGAGUUUUACUGAAAAGAAUAUAAAUGUAUACAAACAACAAACAAUUUAGAUGUGAUUUACUUAUUUAUUUAAAUUUUAGUUAAUCAUCAACAAUAAAACAAUAUUCUGAAUUA